AUGCCGGCAGCAACCACAUCUCUAGACUCUGCUGAGUACAACCCAAUCGACCACCUCAAUGCCAUCUUCUCCCACCCCGCAGCCCUUUCCUCGGUAGCAGCGACGUCCGCAGCGCUGCGCAGCUACGAAGAUGACCUGGACGAAGAAAUCGCCGAGCUGGUCGACGCUCAGGCCAGCUCAGACACCGAGAGCGUGCGCAGGAUACAAGCGGCAAAGGCGGAGCUGGAUGAGCUCUUCAGAAAGAUCGAGGAUGUGCGGGAGAGGGCGAUGCGGACGGAGCAGGCCAUCACCGAGAUGACGGCGGAUAUCAAGCGCCUGGACGGAACGAAGCGGAAUCUGACCCUGUCAAUGACGGCGCUCAAGCGGCUGCAGAUGCUGACGACGGCGUACGAGCAGCUGAGGAGCUUGGGCAAGUCGCGGCAGUAUGCUGAAUGUGCACAGCUGCUGCAGGCGGUCAUACAGCUGGCCGCGCACUUCAAGAGCUACAGGUCAAUAGACCAGAUUGCGACGCUGAGCCGCAACGUUGCCGAUCUGCAAAGGGAGCUGCUGGAACAAGCGUGCGAGGACUUUGAGGUCACGUUUGCGAAAGGAGAGGUAGCCCAACGCAGGGGAACGCUCUCAGAGGCGUGCCUCGUCGUGGAUGCGCUCGGCGACCAUGCACGCUUACGUCUGAUCAACUGGUACUGCAACACCCAGCUGCGCGAGUAUCGACAAGUUUUCCGGGGCAGUGAUGAAGCUGGCUCCCUAGACAACAUCUCGCGACGGUACUCAUGGUUCAACCGCAUGCUCAAGACAUACGAUACCGAGCAUGCAGCCAUCUUCCCAGCUCACUGGCGCGUGAGUGAGAUGCUUGCCAAUGCCUUCUGCGAAGGAACACAGCAAGACUUCAAGAACAUCCUCCAGGUAUCGAUGCGGCGCGCCGACAGCCAGAGCGUGGAUGUCAAUCUCCUGCUGUCGUGCCUUCAAGAGACCCUCAACUUCGAGCACAGCUUGGAACGCCGCUUUGGCUACGAGUCACGGUCGUCUAUCGACACCAUGACAUCCGGUACCGAACGUACCCCCGGCUUCGGACACGCCAUCUCUGAAGCGUUCGAGCCGUACAUGAGUCUCUGGGUAGAGUCCCAAGAUAAGCAGCUUGCCACACUGAUACCCAGAUACCGACAGCAGCCUCUCCGGAACACCGAAGAAGAAUUCUCAGCACAGUCUGUAGCAACUUCCUCGACCGAGCUCUUCCACUUCUACCGCCUGACGCUAGCGCAAUGCGCCAAGUUGUCUACGGGUACCCGGCUGAUGGAGCUUUCCAAAACCUUCGCAAAGUAUCUGGAUCAGUAUGGGCAGCAAGUGCUCUUCUAUUUCCUUACUGAGAAAGCUGGCCCCCGGGGCCCGUCCAUCGAAGACGCUGUAUUGAUUCUGAACACUGCGGACUACUGCUACAUCACGUGCAACCAGCUAGAAGAAAAGAUCAAGAGCCGUAUAGACGAGGAGUUCAGAUCAGCGGUCGACCUGCAAAGCCAGGCCGAUGCCUUCAUGGGCAUAGCGAGCGCUGCUGUCAGAGCGUUGGUCCGCAAGGUAGAGCUGCACUGCGAGCCGACGUGGCGAGAGAUGCGCAACACGCCAUGGAGCAAACUAGACAGCGUGGGAGAUCAGAGCACGUAUGUCGCUGAGCUGUUGCGGCGGGUCAAGGAGAAGUCGGCAGAGAUCUUGAAAUAUUUGCAUAAGCAGCAAUACGCACGCGCGUUUUGCGACAAUCUGGUUGACCUGAUGGCAAACACUUACAUCGCCAACAUGGUCCAGUGCAGACCGAUCUCUGAAGUGGCAGCUGAGCAGAUGCUGCUGGAUUCCUACGCGUUGAAGAAAGGCUUCACCGAGCUCGCUACACUGAACGCUGAGCCAGGCACUCAGCCGCCAGCAGGCUUCGUCAAACGCGUCAACCAAACAAUGGCCCGCCUCGACGCCCUGCUCAAAACGCUGCAAGUCCGGCCCUCCCCGCCCGAAGCCCUCGUGCAAGCCUACCUGAUCCACAUCCAAGACAAAUCCGACACCAACUUCCGCAAGAUCCUCGAUCUCAAAGGUGUCCGCAAGCAGGACCAGCAGCAUCUGAUAGAGAUCUUCAUCGCCCACCGCGCCGCGCCUAGCAAUGAGCACAUGGUGCAGAACUCACCGCUGCUGACGCCUUUGCAGAUCUCGUCGUCGUCUAAUCUGGGCUCCGGUAUCAGCGGUCUGGGCACGCAGGUAUCUAUCGGCACGCCGAGUAUCGGUGGGGGAAGGUUUGAUCCCUCGUAUUUCGGCUCGGCGAUCAUGAACGCGGCGAGGGAUGGGGUGGAUCGGAUCGGGAGUCCGGCGCUGGGCGCGACGUCGCCUCCGCCGCAGAGUGCGGGAGAUGCACCGGCGACGCAGAGUAACUUGAAUGAGAACCUUAGGGGUAUUGGGAAGUUUUUCAGACGCGACGUUGGCAGUUUUGGCGGGUUUGGGAAGAGGAGGGAGGAGGAUGGGAAGGGCUGA